CUAAAACAUUUAAAUAUUUUUCUGGCAGGAGGUGAAAUCAAGGUUACUUUGGUUUAGGACUUUGAUAUAACGUUUAUAAGUAGUUUAGUCAGUGAGACUGGUAAGAACUAACACUGGGAAUGGGGUGUAUUUAGUACUAAAUCUGACUCAACGCCCUAUGCAUUAAAAACCUUAACCUGUGCUCAAAGUUAAAUUACUAUUUGCCUGAGAAUCGGCCACUGAGAGUUGAGUCCCAAAUUUUGUCCUGUAUAUUUUUUGCUGAAACUUUGAUAACCACUAACUCAUCAUAUGAAGUGUAGACUAACUCAACAAGAUUACCACUAGGACAACAACGUACAACAAUUAAUUACAAUUAAUUACCAUUGUUAUUCAUCCAGGUCUCACAAAAUUACACGCAGUAUUGUUGAACGUGGAAUUGGACAACUCAAACGCCGAUUUCAUGUUUUGCAUGGUGAGGUACGAUUGAGGCCCCCCCUCAAGGUGUGCAAAAUCAUUCAUGUGUGUGGAAUGCUGCACAAUAUUUGCAAGGAUAGGAAUCUUCCUCUUCCUCUGGAUGACGAGCAACCAAUGGGUGCAGAGGCACAAGUCCCAGUGCCAUUAAAUGAUGCUGCAGAAGAACCUGCCAAUGCGCCCGGUGGUCACCGUAAUGAGGGUCGUGCCUAUCGGGAUGCAUUCUGCACCUUGCAUUUCAGCAAUGAGGACUGAUGGAACGUCCUCCAACAGGGCCUCGGCCCUCGUGUACCUACCUUGCCUGUUCCUUGGCCCGCAUAGCUGCCUCCUUGGCCCUCGCAGCGGACUCCUUGGCCCUCGCAGUGGACUCCUUGGCCCUCGCAGCGGACUCCUUGGCCCUCGCAGCGGACUCCUGUGCUCGGGCAGCUGCCUCUUGGGCCCGUGCAGCGGAUGCCACUGCCUGAGCAGCUGCCUUGUGUUCCUGGGCAGCAGACUCCACUGCCCUUACAGCUCCCAUUUGUCCCGUGGUGGGAUCUUCUGAGGGGGUGGAUGAAGGGGGAAGCGCUUCUUCUGCAGAUGCAUCAACAUAUAUUACAGUUGGUGCAUCUGCAGAUUCGUGGCUAUUGAAACUGACCAACGGAUCUGCUGUUGCUCCUCCUGCAGCAGGUCUCACGUCCUUUCUGCAAGCAAUGGAUUUAAUCAUUACAUGGUGUACAAGCUUGGAAGAUGCAAGGACACACCUGCCAGCAUAGUGAAAUCACUCCUAGAAUAGUAUACUACAUUAUAUAAUCUAUACACUAUAUUACCUUACAUGAACACAAUCUAUCUUAUAUUCUUUACUAAUUUUUGCUGUGCC